CACAGCAUAUAAUCUUUAAAUUUGUACAAAAAUAUCUACUGGACUGCUAUCCACGGUGUAUUUAUUCUUUAAUUCAACUAAAUUUCCAUCGACGCAGACAUAAUUACCAGGAUUUUCCGCUUCAAAUGACAUAGACUUUACAUGGUAGUACUCAACGACGAAUUCACUAUUGCUAUGCUUAAGGUUGAGAUGAUUCCCGUUAUCAUAAGCAGCAUACAUAACAUCCGUCAAUACCUUGGCUGAUGUCUGAGUUGCUGCGUCAUAAUCCUUCUUCUCAAGAUGUUCCCUAACGAGAGGAUCACGAGUUGGGCGGACUAUAACGACCGAGAGGCCUUCCUCAGUGGUGUUGUGCGGUGCAAUCACAAACUUCUCCUCUAAUCUGUCGAUAUGGGAUGCCAGAAGAUAGGUAAAUGGACCAGAUAAGGUGAUAUCUUCAACUUUAUCGCUAAAAGCACCCUCUGAAAACACUCUACUGGCAUAUAAAUUCAACCUCCCUUCUGUCCAUUUCGUGCAUACCUCCAUAAAUGCAGUUUUGAAGCGUUCGAUUGAGGUGUCAACACUCCUGAGUUCCUCGCUGCGAUGCAGAAGAGCAGCGUGAACGGCGGUCGAGACUACGACAUGAGCUGUCUUGCGUGAACUACCAUCGUCCACAAUAACGUCACUAAGGGCGAGCCUCUUUGCAUUGUUUGACUUGCUGACGAAUGAAUUGAAAGAUAGGAGUUUGUACUCGAUACUAUCCUUGUCGAGGGUAGAUGAUGAGUGUAUAGAGUGAUAUAACGCAUUAGCUGUGCCCGUCGGAACCAAAACUAGCGUUGUUUUUGGUGGGUUAUCAAGAUCACUCAAUCCAGUUAUGAACUCAUGGGUUGUGCUAUCACCUAUUCAGAUUAGAAAGGCUUCAAGGGAAGACAAAGCAUACCUCCUAAUAAAGAUACUACAAGUUCACCGCCGUUUCGCGCCAACUUUGAGCUUAUCUCUUGGAGGGUAUUAUAUGCUGGUGAAGAUAUUCUUCCGCUAGUUUACCCCCUGAGUUUGGAUUGUAGAUUACGAUCAUCGUUGGAGAGAACUAUCAUGUCUUCUGGUACGAAGCUAGGACAGGAUGUGAAUCGCAUCCUCUAUAUAAAGAACCUACCAUAUUCUAUAACAGGAGAGGAUCUAUACGAUUUAUUCGGUAAAUAUGGCGCUAUACGUCAAAUUAGACUAGGAAAUACCAAGGAAACGAGAGGAACUGCCUACGUCGUAUACGAGAUUGUUAAUGAUUCUAAGCAAGCAUUCGAUAAUCUCAACGGUUUCCACUUAAACGAACGCUAUAUCGUCGUCAUGUACCAUCAACCAGAGAAGCAGGCGCAGAUCGCUAUGAAACAAGCGGAAUUAGCUAAAAGAGAGGAAGAAUUGGCUGCGUUCAAGCGGGCGAACGAUAUAGCUUGAUCAUUUUUCACUAAUUUAUCUAUACAGCAAUAAAGAGAAUGCAUGCAUUACAAGAGCACGCGGUU